AUGACUACAAAAGGAGACAAUGAAGUUGGAGUACAAGACGAUUUUACACAAGAUGGGACAACUAAUCUUAAGGGAAAACCCGUGUUGAGACAGGAAACCGGGAGAUGGAAAGCUUGUUACUUUAUGUUAGGGUACGAAGUGUGUGAAAGGAUGGCGUACUAUGGCAUAGCAACAAACCUCGUCUUGUAUCUGACACGAGAAAUGAAAGAAGGCACCGUUAAAUCGUCGAAUAAUGUUACAAAUUGGGUUGGAACCGUGUGGAUCACACCUAUUUUAGGUGCUUAUAUCGCGGAUACCUAUCUUGGGCGAUAUUGGACUUUCAUGUUUGCUUCCGUUAUUUACUUUGUGGGAAUGUGCUUAUUGUCGCUUGUGGUUACGAUACCAACAUUAAAACCACCGUCGUGUGGUAAAAGUGUAAGUUACCUAGAUUGCGACAAACACCCAUCCUCAUUCCAGACCGCGAUCUUUUAUACUGCAUUGUACAUUAUCGCGGUCGGAGCAGGUGGGACCAAACCAAACAUCUCGACAAUGGGUGCGGACCAGUUCGAUGAUUUUAGCCCAAAAGAACGAGCUCAGAAACUCACCUUCUUUAAUUGGUGGAUGUUUUGUAUAUAUCUCGGUACCCUAUUCUCAAGCACUUUCUUGGUAUAUAUUCAAGAUAACGUGGGGUGGGGUAUUGGAUAUGGGCUCCCGACUGCGGGCUUAGCCGCGGCAAUGGUGGUUUUUAUUGUUGGGACACCUAUGUACCGCCAUAAACCACCAUGCGGGAGCCCGUUUACGAAGAUGGCUAAGGUGUUGGUUGCUGCAGCACGAAAUUGGAAUCAGGUUGUUCCAGAUGACACCAAAAAGCUUUAUGAGUAUUCAGGGCCUGGGAAGUACAAAAUCGGCCAUUCAUCUUCGUUAAGGCUACUUGACCGAGCUGCAGUGAGGACAGAAGAAGCAGUUUCCGAAUGGAAAAUGUGUCCAGUGACCCAAGUGGAACAAACUAAGCAAAUGGUGAAAAUGGUUCCAAUCUUGGUGGCCACAUUCAUACCUAGCUCACUGCUGGCUCAAACUCACACACUCUUCAUCAAACAAAGCGUGACACUAAAUCGAUCCAUGGGCCCGCAUUUCGACAUACCACCCGCAUGUCUUUUGGUAUUCGUCACAAUCUUCCUACUAAUAAGCAUUGUACUCUAUGACCGCUUUUUCGUUCCUACCGUUAGAAAAUACACCAAAAACCCGCGAGGCAUCACGUUACUUCAGCGAAUGGCAAUCGGGCUAGCUCUCCAUGUCGUAAUCAUGAUUGUCGCUAGCUUGGUGGAAAGAAAACGACUUAGUGUCGCUAAAGAUCAUGGAAUAUUCGAAAAUGACCAAACAGUCCCUUUGAGUAUUUUCGUCCUCCUCCCGCAGUUCGCGUUGAUGGGGAUCGGUGAUAGCUUCUUAGAAGUUGCGAGACUCGAGUUUUUCUAUGAUCAAGCGCCCGAAGGAAUGAAGAGUCUUGGGACAGCUUACUGGACGACUGGUAUUGGGGUCGGGUAUUUUCUAAGCAGUUUUAUUUUAUCCACUGUGGCUGAUGUUACAAAGAAGAAUGGGCGAAAAGGUUGGAUUCUCGACAACUUAAACGAGUCGCGUUUGGAUUAUUACUAUGCGUUUUACGCGCUAUUGAGCUUCGUGAACUUGUUGUUUUUCAUUUUGGUCGCUAAAUACUUCGUUUACAAUAAUGAAGUGAACGAUGAGUCGCAAGAAGAUAUUGGAAAGUGGACAGAACAAUGAUACAUAAGCGAGUUCAUUCGACAACCGCAGGAACAAAUGGAAGUUGCUUGAAUUUCUAGGUAUUUAUGAUAAUUAUGUUUUCUUUUUGUUUU